CUGCGGAACGGGGUCCUGUAGCAGUGUAGCUUGCACAGAGGUUCGAAGACUCUGCUCCAAAGCAUCUUCUCCCCACGAUCAUGACUCGACGCAAGAAUCCGGCCGGAGGAUCCGCGACGGGAGACAAGCGGACGGAGGCGGGGAGAGGGAGUGGGAGUGGCGCCAGCACCAAUGAAAUCGAUUUGAUCGGCGAAGAUCUUCUCCAGAACAUACUGGCGAGGCUCCCCGCCUUGAACUUCGCGUCCGCUGCCUGCGUCAGCCGCACCUGGUCUUCCCUCUGCAACCGCGUCCUCUCCCGCCCCAAGCUCUCCUCCGCCUUCUCUCUCCACCCCAAUCCAGAGGUCGCUGUGGAAGAGGUGGUUAAUAAGGUUCUCUCAGAGCCCCUCCGACCAGAUUUUGCUAUUGUUUGCAUUAGCCCUGCUUUCAGCCUGCAACAGAUUCACCAACUUAUUAUACAAAAAUUGGGCUCCGCAACUCCUAUUGUUACAUAUGAAUCGAUGGGAAUUAUUGGAAGAAAUGCAAUCACUGAUGAGUUGAAAGAGAUUGAUUGGGAAAUGACUAUGGAAGAAGAUCAUAUGGGUCAACUUGAACCCUCGUCCUUUAGUGGGUUACAAGGAAUUUUGCUGGUCGUUGGAUUUGUACCGGGAUUGAAGGUUGAUGCUAUUCCACUAUCACGGCCAAUUAAGGAUCCUGGAAUUGUCCUGUUGGAUGAAUUUGUGAGGGAUAUUAAGGAAUAUACAGCUUCUGUUUCAGGCUGCACAUCCCCAGCUGGGAUGAUAAUGUUUGGAGGUUCAUCAGCUAACAUGAAACCUGUUCUGGAUGAACUGGAUUAUUCGAUGUCUGAGGGUACUUUCAUUGUUGGUGAUGAGAGUGGUCGUUUCCUACACAGGGGAAGCAGGGGCCAAAGGUGCAAUUCUCUUGGUGUUGCCCUUGUGUUUGUGCGAGACAGGAACAAGCCUCAUGGUAUCGGUGAUAUUGAUUUCCAUGUUACAGUCUCUACUGGUUUAUCACCAAUAGGUCAGACAUUCAAGGCAGCUGCUGUCAAAGAGAUAAGACACUGUGAGGACUGUACUACAUGGCUCACUGCGAGGAGACAAGACCUGCAUGAUAUCCUUGAUGGAGAAACUAUGCUAGCUGACAUCAAUGACGAAAUAGGGGAUAAUAUUGAGUACACUGGUUUGUACAUUGGGGUCACGAAAAGAAGAAAAAGCCCAGUGGGGUUGGAGAAGGUGAGAUGGGUAACGUCCUUGGCAUUCCAUGAAGUAACAAGAGGAGAUGAACAGUACCUAUAUGUCAAUGGCAGUGGCAUCAGAACUGGUGAUUCCUUCUGUUUCUACUAUUCAGACUCCAGUGCUGCUGCAUCUUCCUGUAGCAAUGUCUCAGAAAACCUUAGACGCUUGAAGGAAGGUGGGGACGACAGAGUAGUUUGUAAAAACGGGACGGGUGGUGUGGUUGCUAGUGAUGGUAAUAAGAAGGAAGUUUUUGGAGGCAUGAUCUUCGCUUGUUCUGGCCGUGGUGAGUCGUUCUUUGGCCGCUCCAAUGUUGAUAGCUCCCCAUUUUUGGACAACUUUCCUGGGGUUCCAUUUGCCGGGACAUUUUGUUGUGGGGAAAUUUGUCGAGGUUCUUCGAGCUUGUAUAGUCGAGAAGCUCAAGAACAAAGUGACGCGCGGUGCUGUCAGCAUGUUUAUAGCAGUUGUUACUUGGUGAUGUCAUACACUCCACCACUGCCUGAACCUUAGAAGGUUUUCUGGCGGCUUCUCCUUUUAUGGCUUUCUUUCUUGUUGAGGAGGAUUUGAUGGGUGGGGGAUGCUUUGUGACAUAUGAGGUUGCUGUAAUAUAACUACAUAUUUUGGAAGAACAAAAUUGUAGAAUGUUACAUUGAAUGGUUCCAUGCUUGAUUUCAGAAGUUGCAAAAUUUCGAGGAGUUCAAA